AGAAUAUCAAACUGCCAUUCAGGAAAAGAUCAGGUUGCAACGAUCUGAAUAAAAUUUUGUUGCAACCUACUUUUUUAUCAAAAGAAAAAAAGUUUUGACAGUUUAAUAUUUGAUGAUGAACUAGCCUUCAUUGUUUAGAGUAAUUUGUAGGAAUAAAAAAAAUUAGAUGGAAUAGUACAGAAACAUAAGUGAUAAAUGUGGCAUGGAUGGGAGGCUAUGAUUAAAGCAGAAAAUGUGUGGUGCUUAAGAAAGAAGUAGAGAGUGUGCGAGUACAAGUAAGAGGAGGAAAGGGCAAAAGGAAGGCAGUUUGAUAUAUAAAUGGCGGCAGCGGCAGCAGCAGCUCUUGCCCAUAUCCCUAACCGGGGCGGCCCGAAACCCGCAAUCCCAGUGUGCUCACAUUCACAUUCACAUAUAAUAGUAAGUGUUUGGAAAGCAAGGGCUUCUUCUUGUUCAUCGCAACUUAAAGUAAGAAUGGCAACCGAAACAGAGAAAUUGGGGAUUAAGAUCGUGAAAGAGGCUCCUGAAUCCAAACUCUCCGACCUCGGCGUUCGCUCUUGGCCCAAGUGGGGAUGCCCUCCAAGCAAGUUUCCAUGGACAUACUCUGCAAAAGAAACGUGCUAUCUGUUGAAGGGAAAGGUGAAAGUGUACCCAGAUGGAUCGGAGGAGGCAGUUGAGAUUGGUGCAGGUGAUUUGGUCGUCUUCCCCAAAGGCAUGAGCUGCACCUGGGAUGUCUCUGAAGCUGUUGACAAGCAUUACCUCUUUGAAUGACUGCUUUAUUGUUUUCUCUAUCAACUCCCACUUGGACUGGGAAUAACACACUUUAAUUUGCUUACAUCAAUCCCACCACUCUCCAUUUUGUUUUA